CCCCCUCCUUCCAAGAUCGUGGGUCUCGCCUCGCAGAGCUGGGAGGGCCGCUAGGGCCCUGAAAUGCAGAGCGGUGCCCAGGCCCACGUAUCUGCACCUCCUGAUCAGAACCGUGGGAUCCAGCUGCCGGGCCUGCGGGAAAGGUCCUAGCGACCCUCGGCCCGCGGGCCCCGCGAGGUGCGCCCCGCAGGCGAGGCGCGAGCGCGCCGCAGGAUAGCCGCCAGGCAGCGCGCGCGGGGCGGGCUGCUUUGCAUGAUGUGCCGCUCGGCCCUGGCUUUUUUGACUGCUGCAUUUGUCUGUCUGCAAAACUGCCAGCGAGGUCCUGUCUCGUUCCUCCGGGCGGCGUGGGUGUUCUCACUUGUUCUGGGACUGAGCCGAAGUGAAGACAGUAGAUGUGUAUCUUCAAAUGCAGCAUCGUGUGCAAGGUGCCUUGCCUUGGGUCCAGAAUGUGGAUGGUGUGUUCAGAAGGAUUUCAUUUCAGGUGAAUCAAGAAGUGAACGUUGUGAUACGGUUUCCAAUUUAAUACGCAAAGGCUGCUCAGCUGAUUCCAUAGAGAACCCAUCUGUGCAUGUAAUAGUAGAAAGUGAAAAUGAAAUUAACACUCAAGUGACUCCAGAAGAAGUAUCCAUCCAACUGCGACCAGGAGCUGAAGCUAAUUUUAUGCUGAAAAUUCACCCUUUGAAGAAAUAUCCUGUGGAUCUUUAUUAUCUUGUUGAUGUAUCAGCAUCAAUGCACAAUAAUAUAGAAAAAUUAAAUUCUGUUGGAAAUGACUUAUCUAGAAAAAUGGCAUUUUUCUCCCAUGACUUCCGCCUUGGAUUUGGGUCAUAUGUUGAUAAAACUGUUUCACCAUACAUUAGCAUCCACCCAGAAAGGAUUCAUAAUCAAUGCAGUGACUACAAUUUAGACUGUAUGCCUCCUCAUGGCUACAUCCAUGUCCUAUCCUUGACAGAAAACAUCACGGAGUUUGAAAAAGCAGUGCACAGACAAAAGAUCUCCGGAAACAUAGAUACCCCUGAAGGAGGGUUUGAUGCCAUGCUGCAGGCAGCUGUGUGUGAGAGUCACAUUGGAUGGCGAAAAGAAGCUAAAAGAUUGCUGCUGGUGAUGACAGAUCAGACAUCUCAUCUUGCUCUUGAUAGCAAGUUGGCAGGCAUCGUGGUGCCCAAUGACGGAAACUGCCACCUGAAAAACAAUGUCUACAUCAAGUCAACAACCAUGGAACAUCCCUCACUGGGCCAACUUUCAGCCAAACUAAUAGACAACAACAUUAAUGUCAUUUUUGCAGUUCAAGGAAAGCAGUUUCAUUGGUAUAAGGAUCUUCUACCCCUUUUACCUGGCACCAUUGCUGGUGAAAUAGAGUCAAAGGCUGCAAAUCUCAACAAUUUGGUAGUCGAAGCCUACAAGAAACUCAUCUCAGAGGUAAAAGUUCAGGUGGAAAACCAGGUGCAUGGCGUUCUUUUCAAUGUGACUGCCAUCUGUCCAGAUGGGGCCAGAAAGCCAGGAGCUGUUGGCUGUGGAAAUGUGACCAGCAAUGAUGAAGUUCUUUUCAAUGUAACAGUCACAAUGAAAAACUGUGAGGUCACAGGAGGAAAAAGCUUUGCAAUUCUAAAACCCAUUGGUUUCAAUGAAACCACUAAAAUUCACAUACACAGAAGCUGCCGCUGCCAGUGUGAGGAGAGCAGAAGGCCUGAGAGGCAGUGUGUGGAUGAGGCCUUCCUGGAUCCCAAGUGCUUGCACUGUGAUGAGAGUAAAUGUCACUUGAGUAAACACCGGUUUCCAUCUGAGAGCUGCCAGUCACACAAGGACCAACCAGUUUGCAGUGGCCGCGGAGUCUGUGUAUGUGGGAAGUGUCUAUGUCACAAAAUGAAACUUGGCAAAGUGUAUGGACAGUUCUGCGAGAAGGACGACUUUUCUUGUCCAUAUCACCACGGCAGUCUCUGCGCUGGGCAUGGAGAGUGUGAAGCAGGAAGAUGCCAGUGCUUCGGUGGCUGGGAAGGGGAUCGGUGCCAGUGCCCAUCAGCAUCAGCCCAGCAGUGUGUCAACUCCCAGGGCCAGGUGUGCAGUGGGAGAGGCACCUGUGUGUGUGGCAAGUGUGAAUGCACGGAUCCCAGGAGCAUCGGGCGCUUCUGUGAACACUGCCCCACCUGUCCCACAGCCUGCAGUGACAACUGGAACUGUCUGCAAUGCCUUCACCCUCACAAUUUGUCUCAGGCGCUACGUGACCAGUGUAAAACUUCAUGUGCACUUGCAGAGCAGCAGCUAUAUGCAGACCAGAUACCAGAAUGCUUAUCUACUCCAAGUUACUUGAGAAUAUUUUUCAUCAUAUUCAUAGUUACAUUCUUGAUUGGGUUGCUUAAAGUCCUUAUUGUUAGACAGGUGAUACUACAAUGGAAUAGUAAUAAAAUCAAGUCUUCAUCAGAUUACAGAGCAUCCACCUCAAAAAAGGAUAAAUUGCUUCUACAAAGUGUUUGCACAAGAACAGUAACCUACCGACGUGAGAAACCUGAAGAAAUAAAACUGGAUAUCAGCAAACUAAAUGCUCAUGAGACUUUCAGAUGCAACUUCUAAGCAAAGAUAAAAUAGUAUUCUAUGGGAAACUGGAUUUUUAAAAUAAUUGCUACUAAAAAAAUAGUCACAGGAGAAGACAAGUUGUUCAAGAUUGUGUCCCUUCAUGGUUGAGUGCUGGCAAGCAUCAUCAUCGUCAUGUGAUUCACCUAGCUGCUGAAUUUUUCAGAGAAAAAUAUGUCUUACUACUGUUUAAAGACUAGUGUCAUUGUAGCACUUUAUUGUAAUAUAUAACUUAUUUAGAGCAGCAUAGAAUGUAGGUAUUCUGAAGAGCACUGAUUACACUUUACAGAUACCUGCCCUUCUUCUGCUUCCUUGAGAGACACAAUGUUCACAGGCAAAUUAGCACUGUGUCUUUGCAAGGAUGCAGUGAUCCCUGCACCGAGCAUGCAGGUGAGAAGUAUCUAAUCUGGCAGUUCCAUUCUGAAGUGACUGCACACUUCAACAAUUGGAAGAGGCUAGACAAGAACAGUCAGAUGAAUAAAUAGUUAGAGUUUCACCCCUUCAAGAGGUGGACAGAGUCUUAAUUGUAAUGGGUUUUGCUUUUGAAACUGUAUAGUUUGUUGCAUGUGUAUUUAUGUUUGCCACUUUUCGAAAAUGGAUGCUGAAUCCAACCUUCUCUUCUUUUGCCAUUUAUGUUUUGUUUUUCUUCCUUUCAGGAUGUUUAUGUCACAGAUGACUGGAUUUAAUAAGUGCUAAGUUACUACUGCCAUAAAAACCUGUAAUACAUUGUCACUUUAUUAGAAUACUAGUUGUAAAAGCUGAAUGUUAAUAAGGGACACUGUAAAGUAUCUUCUAAAUCUAAAGGGCUUUGUUGUUUGAAGAUGAGGAGUUUCAUAUGUUCUUACCUGGUAAACUGGAUGAUUUCACCAUUUCAUUUGAUCUAACAGUGAAUUGAAAUUGGUAAACUGAAAUGCACAAGAUAUUUAGAAAUUCUGCUUCUAGUCAAAUACCAUAUUUUAAAUGGGCUUUCUUAGGUCUUGAUUUCAAGUAGAUAUCAACAUUUCUCAAAUGCAAAACUAUUCUUUUUUGCUCUUCCAUGCACCAAAAGACCUUCUUGCCCUGAAUCUACUGAACCCUACUCACCAGAGUUCAUAAAAGUACAAAAUUGGAGGAAGGUAGGUGAUAAGGUAAGGGAUUCAGAAUAAGCUAAUUCCUCCUUGCAGUUAGCCAUAGAACUGAGUUUAGAAAUUUUAAAUGAUUUCUCAAAAAAAAAAAAACCUCAAAAAAACUACCCAAGCAGUAAAGUGACCACAUUAGAAAUUAGCUGCCUUCUCAUUACAAGGCCAGUGUCCUUUGCACAAUAUCAUGCUACCUCCUGAAGUUUUAAACAUUCAAUUGGCAACUAUUUUUAAGUAUGAUUUACUGAUGUCUUAAGUAUAUGAGAAUGAGAAAAUUUCACAGCACAUUAAGUUAAACUGAAUGGUUCAUAAUGGGUUUCCAGGCUUCUCUGCCCAUCCCCUCCCGAUAAGAGACUGCAGCAUAGCAUAACAACAGGAGAAUCCUUCCUUCACAUCCUAGCCCGCAUAGCUCCCUGCUAGCCUCCAGUGCUCCCUGGAGUUGUCACUGCUCAUCUCAAAGCCCUGAUACAGAGACCCAUGAAUUCUAACUUCUAACUGUCCUGUGUGUAGUUCAGAGUUACACCUACAACUAAAGAAUUCACUUAAAAAUAUGAUCUAAUAACUAACCUCCUGUAUUUGCUGUCUUCCAGAACCUCAGUGAAAUUCUAGAUAUUUGCAUUAUAAUGAAGAUUUACUUCCAUUCUCCUCUAAAGAGAACUGAAAAAUACAUAAAUUGUUCUAGAUGCAACAGAUCCAGACUGCAACAAAGCAAUUAGGAUGUUAAACUGAAUUACAUUUCUUUCCCUAAGAUAAAAAGAUUAGGGGUGUUUUCCUAGUUUAGUACUGUGAUUCACUUAUGUAAGAAAAUACUUUGGUCGCUAAUAUAUCAGGCACAAAUGGCUAUAAUCAUAGUUACUCAGGGACUUGAGACCUGGAAGACCUCAAUUUGAAGCCAACCCCUGGGGCAUAAAGGCUAAGUGACUUCAUCUCUAAUUGUCUAGUAAAGGUCCAGGUUGGAGGUUUGGUCCAUGCAGUGAAGCAUAACAGUGAUGAGAAAGAAAAGCAUCUCCAAAGUUGCAAGGACUUGAAUUUAAGCCUUAGUAAAAGCAAAAAAGAAGAAGAAAGUGUAAUGAAAGCUUUGGUCACUGAAGAUAAAAUAAAAAUUACAUUUUAUCCUCUGUCACCUAUAGUAUUCUUUGAUAAACACAAACAAAUGGAUACUUGACAAGUCACUAAGAGGAAAAAGUAGAAAUAAAAUGUUGAUCAUUUAAAAAUGAACAUUACAGUGUUUAUACAAAAUAAUCUCACUUCUCUGUGUAAUGAGCAAGAGAGCAUAAUAAAAUGAAAUCAUAAAAAAUCAAAGGUUUAUAUUUUCCAAACCAUUAUUGUUUGCACUAACUUAAAAUGGACCAAUACUGGUACCACAGGAAGUAAUUUCAGAGCUAGGUGAUGAUAUGUAGUUAAACUCGGGAUUUCUUAAUGCUUCCUUUUAACCUUUCUUAAAGAGCUAAUUCUUAAUGACUUUAGAGGUUAUAUUUUACUUGAAUAAUUAUGUAGUGCAUUGUAAGGAGAGAAUUAUUAUUUGACUAGUUAGAAUUAAUUAAAAGGUGAUACAGGGUAUCCUUAGAUUUAAUAACAUGUAAAUAGAGCUCACUUUCAACUACUAUGAACACAGGAGCCUUUUGAGAUUUAUUGAUAUUAAACAUGACUAAUCGAAUCUUAAAUUAUUAGCAAAAAUUAAGAACUUGAACAACAUUUUUGGUUCAGAAGCAUAUUUUAGGUUCUAAAGUAGGUAACAAUUUAAAAAGUGCCAUAUUACACACACACACACACACACACACACACACACACACACACACAUAAAGCUGCAAGCAACUUCUUUCUCUGAGACAUCUUUAUAUUGCAGUGCAAAAAUGUUUAUAGAAAUUUGCUAUAUGUUUGGAAUUUUCUACUAUUUAUAAAGCCCUCUACAUUCUUUGGCAGACUUAGGAAUUCACUGAAAAUCUGUCCCAAAUGUUCAAUUUAACUUUUGUUUAAAAAAAUUAACCAUAAGUAUAUCUGGGGAUUAAAUUUUAAAAAAAAUCAAAGAUAGUGGAUGCAUCAGAUGCAAUACUUCACCAAAGAAUAAAAUCACAAGUAUUUGUAAUAUCUAUUUAAUCUCUUUGGAAACAAUUCUUGUGAAUAGAAAUGGGCAUCCAUAAAACACUGAAAUAUCUUAUGAUAAGCUAUGAAAAUUAUAGAAUCUUAUUGCUCCUGCUAACCUGGUAAAGUCAAUUAGACUUUUCUGGCCUUUCCUUCCUUUCUUGACUCUUGUUUUCUUUGAUUACUUUGCCCAAGGAAUUGCUCAAAUGCUUCAAGCUUACUAACACUCAUUGUGAAACAAAUGUGAAACAAAUGACUAUCAUUUAAUGGUAUAAAUAUUUCCUUCUCUCCGAAGACUUUGUUGAUUUUAACAUACAUUUGAAUCUGAGAGACCAAUUAAAAGCUAAGAAUUGUAAGUUUUCAUAAUGCUUUCCAUUCUGAAGGAUUUGAGACCUAUAUGUUUUCAUUAAA